AUGCGCAUCGAUAUUCUAGGAACGGCUGCAUCAGCAGCUCUCUUGGGCCUCAUCAUAGUACCAGUACAGGCUCUGAGCCCAUGUCCCCUCUUUGGACCAUAUCUACCCAUUCCAACAGCGCUGAGUGAUGAUAUUUCCAUCAGAGAUGCCCUGUCAGAGAUUCUGCAACUUGUACCAAGCCUCGAGAUCGACCUUCAGAACACCUCUUUCUCCAUCGACAUCUAUCCAGCGGCUGACAAACAACCCCUUUUCAGCUACCAUCACUCAGCUCCAACCCUACAAAACCAUAGACACGGCGUCAAAGCUGUCAAUGACACGACAGUGUAUCGCAUAGGCAGCAUUUCCAAACUGCUCACAGCUUAUGUCUACCUACUAGAGGUCGGGGAUGUGUCUUUUAACCAGCCCGUCACGCGUUACGUGCCUGAACUAGCAGAGUUUUCUGCCAAUCUCCGGGACUCUAGUAAUGAGCCAGCCUCUGCUCUCCAAUAUGUGGACUGGGACGCCAUAACUAUCGGCGCGCUUGCAUCGCACAUGGCUGGCAUACCACGAGACUUUCCGAGCCCUGCUUCGGCGGACCGCCAACUACAACGGUUGGGACUUCCGCCAGUCCGGGCAGUAGAUUUCGCCUACUGUGGGAAAAGGGUCUUGUAUCCCUGCAACCGCACCGCCUUCUUUGACGCCAUACGGACCCGUCACCCAGUCGAAGCGGCCUUUUCAACACCUAUAUACUCCAACAUUGGCUACCAAGUCAUGGCUUAUGCGCUUGAGAAUAUAACUGGAACAGCGUAUCCUGAUGUUCUAUCACGUCAACUUAUCCUCCCUCUCGGCUUAAAUUCCACGAGCUAUACUAAGCCAGCCAACACCAAUUCGUCUAUCAUACCAGAUAGCCCUAGCAGGUCUUGGUAUGAUGUCGAUACCCGCGAUGCAGGACCAGCCGGUGGAAUUUAUUCGUCGAUCGCGGACCUUCGCAGGAUAGGGCAGUCAAUCUUGACGUAUGAGAUGUUGUCGCCCUCCCAAACCCGACGAUGGAUGAAGCCCCUUAGUUUUACUGCCGAUCCACAGGUUGCAGUCGGUGCGCCAUGGGAGAUUGCUCGCGUUCCUUCCACCAUCAACAGAGCCAACUGGAUGUAUACCAAGGGUGGCCAGUUGGGGAUGUACAGUAGUCUGAUGGCUUUGCUACCUGAUUGGGGCGUCGGAUUUACUGUUCUUGCCGCGGGAGCCGACGCUCCGGGAGUUGUGAGCAAGAUUCCAGCUGCGAUUGUUUCGAAGCUAGUUCCUGCUUUGGAGAAGGCUGCUAAGCGACAAGCAAGGCAAAGUUACAGUGGCCACUACGGAGACGCAAGAAAUGGCAUGACUAUAACUGUGCAGGACAGUCUACCAGGACUGGGCGUUGCCUCUUGGUAUGUCGAUGGCCGUGACAUGUUUGACCCGAUCCGCCUGAUAGUCUCAGGGUCGUCGACAGGGUCAGGAAACGUCAGCAUGAGAUUGUACCCGACGGGGCUGAACACGCAAGCAGACGGAAAGACUAAGCUCCAGAGUUGGCGGGCAGUCUACGAAAUCAUUGACGCCACCUCGCCGUCCAGUUCUUACUGUGCUAGCUGGUUUAGCGUUGAUUCAGUCACUUACGGAGGGGUGUCUGUCGACGAGUUUGUCAUCGAUAUUUCAGCGGACGGCACUUCUCAGGGUAUCACCAUAAGCGCCUUUGACACCCGGCUUGAAAGGGUACGGCGUUGA